AUGUCCAGUACAGAUGAAGAAAGUGAUAUAGAAACAGCCGCAAGACGUCAUUUGACAGAAACAGAACAACAACAAUAUAAAAGAACCGAGAAAAAUGGAAGAUCUACUAAUCCAACUACUAAUGGGGUUUUGGAUACAACAGAAAAUUCUUCACAACAAAGGACAAAAAUUUAUUCGAGGCGAUAUGCAAUGCUUACAAUGUUUAUUCUUCUCUCCGCCUCAAAUGCCAUGCAAUGGAUAGAAUACAGCAUAAUAGCACACAUAAUUCACGCAUAUUAUAAUGUUGAAUAUACAACUGUAGAUUGGACAUCAAUGAUUUAUAUGCUCACUUAUAUGAUUUUGAUUUUCCCUGGAAGUUGGUUUUUGGAUAAAUAUGGCCUUAGAAUGUCUGUUAUGAUUGGUGCUUUUGGGAAUUGUUUUGGUGCUUGGCUUAAAAUUUUAUCGACAACCCCAGACAGAUUUUGGCUGACAUUUAUUGCCCAAACUAUUGUCGGCUCUUCCCAAGUUUUUAUUUUGGGAAUUCCUCCAAGACUGGCAGCUGUUUGGUUUGGUCCAGAACAAGUAUCCACAGCUUGUGCUGCUGGGGUUUUUGGAAAUCAGUUAGGUAUUGCUAUUGGCUUUAUACUCCCUCCAUUGCUUGUACAUCCCGGAAAUAAAGAGAGUAUAAGCUUUCAAUUAAGCUUAUUAUUUUUAAUUUCUGCUGUUGUAAAUUCGAUUAUUUUUAUAUUUAUUGCCUUAUUUUUUGCUGAAAAACCUCCUCUUCCUCCAUCAAAUGCCCAAAUGCAAGCAAUUGAUGAAUCUAGAGAAGGAGAUUUUGGACGGUCAAUUAAAAAUUUGUUAAAAAAUGGAAAUUAUAUACUUUUGCUUAUUACUUAUGGAAUUAAUGUUGGCGUAUUUUAUGCAAUAUCUACACUUUUAAGUCAAAUGAUACUUUUUUAUCAUGAGGGUGCACAAAAAGCAACAGGCACAAUAGGGUUAUUAAUUGUUGUUAGUGGAAUGUUUGGUUCUGUUGUUUGUGGCUAUGUUCUUGAUAAAUGGCAUCAUUUUAAAAUGACAACAUUAAUAGUUUAUUUAUUUUCCUUUCUUGGAAUGAUUGUAUUUACUUUUACGUUGGCAAGAUGGCCGCUUUGGACAAUUUUUAUUAUUGCAAUUGCUCUUGGAUUUUUUAUGACCGGUUAUUUACCUCUUGGUUUUGAAUUUGCUGCUGAAUUAACUUUUCCAAUUGCAGAAGGGACAACUUCAGGGCUUUUGAAUGGGUCAGCUCAAGCUUUUGGAAUUGCCAUGACAUUUGGAAUGGGAAAGGUACUUCACGAUCUAUCAAUUUUAUGGUGUAAUGUAAUUAUGUCUGCCUUAUUAUUUGUUGGUUUUAUUUUAACAGCCUUAAUAAAAUCUGAUUUAAGAAGACAAAAUGCACAUAUCAGGGUUGGUAUAAUUAAAUUAAUUUUUAAAAAUAAGAAAAACUUAUAUUUAGAAUUUAGAGUACAAAAAAUGAGGAACAAGAAGAAAAUGAAAAUAAUACUAGGCCUACAACAUCCUCCUCAAUAUCUAUAA